UUGUCAAAUGGGUCUCCUGUGGCCGGCGUCUUGUCAAGGGGUCUCCUGUGGCCGGCGUCUUGUCAAGGGGUCUCCUGUGGCCGGCGUCUUGUCAAGGGGUCAUCUUAUUACGGGAGUACUUGUGGCUGGCAUAUUGUGGUUUCAGUUUUGUUCAGGAGUUGCCCCGACGUCUUGGAAAACAUCUCAUAGAGAAGAGCACUGGAGUAAGAGUGUCCUCCAGCAUCAAUGGUGAUGUAGAUAUAUAUUCCAUGGCAGCUUACGGCAACAAAGUGAGACAGGAUUGAGUGGAGGCAAAGAUCUGUAGAGGAGUACCAAAAGAUUUCUACUACACUGAAAGCUCCCAAGAGUUUAGUGGCCUCCAUGAUUCUUAAAUGGAAGAAGGUUGGAACAAACAGAUCCCUUCCUAGAGCUAGUCGCCCAUCCAAACUAAGUAAUUGGGGGAGUAGGGCCUUGGUAUGAGAGGUGACCAUGAACCCAAUGGUCACUCUGGCUGAGCUACAGAGAUCCUGUAUGCAGAUGCUAAAAACUUCCAGAAGGUCAACCAUCACUGCAGCUUCCACCAAUCUGGCCUUUAUGGCAUAGUGGCCCAAAAAAAAAAAGUCUCUCCUCCGUAAAAGAUGCAUGAAAGCACCUAAAGGACUCUCGGACUGUGAGAAACAAGAUUCUCUGGUCUGAUGAAACCAAGAUUUGAACGUUUUGGUCUGAACUUUAAGCGUUAUGUUUAGAGGAAACCAGACACUACUCAUCACCUGCCCAAUACCAUCCCUACAGUGAAGCAUGGUGGUGGCAACAUCAUGUUAUGGGGUAUUUUUCAGUGUCUGGGACAGGGAGACUGGUCAGGGUUGAGGGAAAGCUGAAUGCUGGACUCUGUGAAUGUCCUUGAGUGAUCCAGACAGAGCCUUGACUUGAACCCAAUCGAUAAUCUCUGGAGAGACCAGAAAAAUGGCUGCCCACUGAUGGUCUUCAUCCAACUUGACAGAUCUUGAGAGGAUCUGCAGAGAAGAAUGGUAGAAAAUCCCUAAAUCCAACAUGCAAAACUUGUGGCUUAAAGGCUGUAAACGCUGCCAAAGGGGCUUCAACUGCGUCCUGACUAAAGGGUGUGAAUACUUAUGUCAAUGCACGAUGUUAGUUCUUCCUUUUCAAUAAAUUAGCAAAGAUUUCUAACCUUCUGUUCUCACUUUGUAAUUAUGGGCAGAAUGAUGGGGAGAAACGUGACUUUAAAAAAAAAUUAAAAAUUUCAGCUCAAGAAGCAAAAUGUGAAAGGGUCGGAAGACUUUCCGCAUGCACUGCAUGUUUGCAUUCAGAAUAGUUAUAGGCCUAUAAAAUACAGAAAAUCAACACUGAACCAUAUUGUGCACCAUAUUGCAGUCACUGCUAUCCGACAGUAGGUUCUGUGCAUUCCUGCCUAGACGCACACUAAAAACUGAGUUUCUGGGAGGGACUGUAUUACGGUAUAUACUGCGUGUAUGGAACAUGCUGUGUCGGGAAGCCGUCCAUGAUAAUCGGGUGUGAAUACCUGCUGCAAAAGGAAAACCUCUGUGUAUUCUGCACCUACACACAAUACGCUGAGCCAACGUACACAGUGACAAUGACAAACAUUUGUAAUGUUCUUUUCUCCCAGGUACUCAAAGCACAGGGAUAGCCUUGUGGCUGGGGCGACUCUCUGGGAAGUCAGUGGCGACCAUAUAGGAACUCGACCACAACACACAAGUGUGAAUGAGGACUAUUUGUAGGGCUAACUACGUUUAGGCACAGGGCUGUUUGGUAUAUUGCAGUGUUUUAUGACUUUCCAAUAGGAUUUACGGCCCAGUGGAGAAUCGGCAGCUAUGACCCUCACAAUCCCAAUGGACGGCGAAGCUCCACACUCGGCAGCACUUACCAAAACUCUGUCUGUGCGAUUGUGCAUUUGCGUCUUGGCCAACAGUUGUCAUUGCCUGCCUGGGGACCUCGCGUACACUAUGGGGUCGUGAAAUGGGGCAGGCGAGUUCCCAGGAUCGACCAUCCACCCUGCCUCGGGAAAUACUAACGUCCCUGCAGUCUUUACCAUUCCUGCGUCGUGUAGAAUUUUUUAUGGACCUGGAGCCUUUUCCAGAUGAGAUCCUCAUCUUGAUCUUCAGCUUUGUGCCAGAACAAGACCUGCUCUCACACUGUAGGCUUGUGAGCCAGCGAUGGAAACGUCUGGUGGACUCUCCCUCCCUAUGGAGGAUGAAGUGUGAACUAGACUAUAGGAGAGUGACUCUUUUAGUUGCAGAAAUGUCUCAUGACCUCCCCUGGCAGAAAAUGUAUCUAAAGAAGCCAUUUUCACGGAACCUGCUGCGAAAUCCGUGUGGCACAGAACAGCUUAAUCACUGGAGCGUAAAACAUGGAGGGGAUGGUUGGAGGGUGGAGAAAAGUAACUCUGUUUUAGAAGGUGCCGACAGCCAGAUCUGCUUCGUCAGCUCAUUCGGUUGGUGUAAGAAGGGCCAGAUCAUAGACCUUGUACGGGAAGGACUAUGGGAGCAUCUCCUGGACGUCCACCAGCCUCCCAUCUGCAUAUCUGACUGGUACGCCGGACGAGAAGACUGCAGCUGUGUCUAUAGUAUAAAAGUUCAGCUCUUGGCUGCCGAUCAGCAAACUGUACUCCGGGAGUUCACUAUGGACCCCGAUCCCAUCCCCCAGUGGAACGACGCAUGUUAUAACCAGGUCUCUCAUGAAUUCCGCCACUACGGACCCGGUGUCCGAUAUGUGAACUUUACUCACAAAGGAAAAGACAUGCAGUUCUGGAAAGGAUGGUACGGCGCUCGGAUCUCCAACUCCUCCGUCACUGUGAAGUGUGACAACCUGGAGCCCUGUAGAUGAGCCCCCUGAAUACACUAAUUGGAGUUGGCCGAUGAUCAGUAAGGACUGCGGCUCGUUCGGCUAUGUCUGCACUGUAACCCCAAGGAUGUUUCUAUAUUAUAAUUCUGCCAUCUUUCUUGCUUGUUGUUUAUGGUCAUAAAGAAAAUGCCCCUUAUAAACCACAAAGCUUCUGCCAAUGAAAAAAAAUAAAAGUUAUGGCUGCUGAAAGGCAGAGAGGUAAAA